AUGCUUGUUUUUCUGUUACCGUUGGUGCCUAUGGAGAAUACAUCUUUCGGUUCCCGCAUCCUGAUGACUCUAGACAAUGCCAAGCAACUAAUGGAGACCUUGGAUGUCAAUCCAUUGUUCUUGUUGAACAUGAUCGGUCGACCUGAUUACUGGGCACCGCAGACUCAUUGGGAGGCAGACGAUAAUGGUAGAUUGCUGGCUUGCGAUUUAUUCUGCCAACACCCUCGCUGGAACCUUCAGGUCCAAGGAGCUCCACUUUCAGUCUACAUGCACCACGACCUUACACGCGAUUUAACGACGUAUGUCAUUUCCCAUAAAGAGUUCGAUACCUCGAUCACUACACUAAAAUCUCUCCUGGGCAUAGCCCUCAACACGGCAUCCACAGCACACAAACCAGCCGUCUUCCUAGACGAUCCAUUUGAUAUCCAUGUCAUUCUCUCGACACUAUCCUUCGAGUCCUCCAAAUUUCACGUCAAACGCUUUCAAAGAUUUAUGUGGACCCAGAUCAACAAAGUAGACGACCAUCUCGGUGGCCUCGAGACCAGCGACCGAGCCAAGCUAGGAGAUCUCACCAAACAACUCCAGAUUAUAUCUCAGAACGCUGAUUCCCACAUUGGAAACGCUGAUGUCGCCAUCAUCACAGCCACAGCUAUUCAGAGAGCACACUCCCGGCUUAUCCCAUCACUACCACGAUCCAGUCCCUUCAUCUACCAACGAGCGGAAGACUCAAUAUCCUAUGUCAUCGCUUCAAUGGAGAAGCAGAAGAUUUGGUUCUUGAAUUACAAGCAGCGCAAGGACAGUACCAUGUCGCUAGUCUAUAAUCUUGUGACGCAGCAGGAUGCUGCGAACAAUAUUCAGAUUGCUCAUAGUAUGAAGCAGGAUUCUACUUCGAUGAAUGCAAUAGCCACCUUGACAAUGGUGUUCCUGCCAGGCACUUUUGCAGGUACACUGGUCGGUGCGGGAGUCUUUGGGGGAGCGGUGACCGGAGCGAAGGUUUGGUGGGUUUGGGCGGGGAUCACGGUGCCUUUGACUGUGUUGGUUAUGAUCUGUUGGUUGCUCUAUCAGAAUGCAAAGAAGCCUAUGCUAAAUGCCAGCUGGAGUAUCAAAUUAUAA